GUACUCAUUGGGCUACUUAUAUCCUAUUUACAUAAGAGUAACAUCGCUGAGGACACAGAGGUUGACAUUUUAGAAACAGUACAAAAUCUACUCAGACAGUCUGUGAAUCCUACAAGUUUCUUGAAGCCAUUGGGCAAAUUAUUUGCUGUAAUCCAGAACAAGCUUUCCCGGCAGACACUUUGCACAACAUUUCAGGUCUUGUCAGAGUUAGCUCCUGAGCUAGAAUAUAUCACUGAUGUUGCUGUUAAGUUAAAUGCAUUUGAUCGAAGGCAUUUGGAUGAUAUCCACUUUGAUGUGCGACUGACAGCUUUCCAAAAAGCAGCUUCUUUAUUAAAGAUAUGAAGACAGUUGAUAUGAACUAUAUUCUUCCACUU